AUGAUGGCCCGCUGGUCUGUCGAGAAGGAACCCGAAACUCUGAAACAACUUCCGGAUCCCACAAAGAUUAUUGAUGAGGCAUUGAUUCAUCAAAUGAUGGAAGAAACCAAAGAAAAAGCACUCGAUCAUGAGCACGUGAGAGGAAUUUUGAAACGAGCCCGAGAUCAAGCUCUCCUUAAAUCGCCUCUCCUCCGAAACAAACACAAGAAUGGAGCAAAUGGUGAUGCUUCUGACACUUGUGAAAGUAUUCCAAAAGAUGAGUAUGUUCAAGGAUUAUCUCUCGAAGAUACGGCCACAUUGUUAAACAUUCCAGAGACUGAAACAGAUAUUCUGAAUAGUUUGUAUACAACUGCACUCUUCAUCAAGGAGUUGAUUUAUGGAAAUCGAAUUGUUUUGUUUGCUCCUCUCUACACUAGCAACUAUUGUGUAGGUAGUUGCUUGUAUUGUGGAUAUAGAGGAUCAAAUAAGGAAAUGCCUCGUUCGUCACUCACGGAUGAACAAGUGGUUCGAGAGGUGGAGGCUUUGGAAAAACAAGGACACAAAAGAAUUCUCAUGUUGUGUGGUGAAAGUCCAAAAUACACUUUUGAGGAUUUCUUACGGCAACUACAAAUUGCAGCCGAUGUCAAGACUGAACCUCAUGGUGACAUUAGAAGAAUCAACGUGGAAAUUCCACAGUUGAGUGUUUCUGAUUUUAGAAGACUCAAGGCCACUAAUAAGGUUGGAACUUAUAUUCUCUUCCAAGAGACUUAUCAUCGUCAAACUCAUAAGGAAAUGCAUCCAUUUGGAACGAAGGGACAGUACUAUGAUCGUUUGCAAACCAUGGAUAAGGCAUUUGUGACAGGUUUGGAUGAUGUCGGUAUUGGUGCCUUAUUUGGUUUGUAUGAUUAUCGAUUUGAGGUGUUGGCCAUGUUGCAACAUGCAAAUCAUUUGAGUGACGUUUGGAAUGCUGGUCCACACACUAUUUCUGUUCCAAGAUUGAGACCAGCCUCUGGUUCAGAAGUGAGUGUUAAGGUUCCAAAUCUUGUCAAUGAUGAUCAAUUUAAAAAAUUGGUGGCUGUCUUGAGAUGUGCUGUUCCUUAUACUGGUAUGAUCUUGUCUACAAGAGAGACUCCAGAAAUUAGAAGAGAUUUACUGAGAAUUGGUAUUUCACAAAUGUCUGCUGGAUCUAACACUGCUGUUGGAGGAUACGAAAAGAAAGAAGAAGAACGUGACGAUUACUCCAUGGGCCAGUUUUCGUUGGGUGAUCACCGACCAACCAAUGAAGUCAUUCGAGAAUUAUUAGAAACUGGCUACAUGCCAAGCUUUUGCACUGCCUGUUAUCGCAUGAACAGAACAGGUGAAAAAUUCAUGAAAAUUGCAAAGAAGGGUGACAUUCAAAAUAUGUGUCAUCCUAAUAGUAUCAUGACACUUGCAGAAUAUCUGCACGAUUAUGCAGAUGAAGAGACACAAAAGAUUGGAUGGAGAAGAAUUGAGGAAGAACAAAAGAAUAUUCCUUCUGAAGCCAAACGAAAGAGUCUCAAAAAGAAUCUCGAAAACAUUGCUCAAGGAGUGCGUGAUAUUUAUUAUUAA